GUUCUGCGAGCCUGCGUGGGAGAGCGUGUGGCGGGAGAGGUGGGAAGCGGCGAGCCACGCUGCCUGGGUACGGCGGGGGCGCCGUCCCGUCGUGGGGCGGCGGCAGGAUGCUACGGCGGCGCUGCGGGCGGCUCUUGGUCCGGCUGGAGCGGACGCUGCAGCUCCUGGAGCUCAGCGGCGGCGUGGAGGAAGACUUGAUCCAGGUAGUGCAGAGCUUCGAGGCGACGCGGCGGAGAUGCUGCCGCCUGCAGCAGGACGCUCAGCGGGCCCGCGAGCAGCUGAGCCGUGUCGAGGCGGAGCGGGCGGUGCUGGAGGUGAAGCUGAAGCACGCCCGCAACCAGGUGGAAGUGGAGAUGAAGAAGCGGCACAGGGCAGAGGCUGAACUGGAGAAGCAGGAGCGCAAAUUUCAGCUGGUCUUUGAGUCCCUAAUGCAGGAGCCGUGGGGCAGCGGGGUGCUGAGCAAAGAACAGUGCUCUGUCCUCAGUGCCCUGGCUGGCAGGCACCUCGGAGUGAGCCUGACAGCAGGCAAGAGAUCAUCUGCAGAGGAUGAGUCCUGCCAGUCCCUCCUGUCCCAUUCAGGCAUCAGCUACGACCACACAGAGGAUGACACGGAUGCUGAUAUGACAUCAGUGCGGACCCUGAAGCGCAAAGCCCAGGAGAGACAGCGUGUGUCCCUGGCCCCUCAGAUUGGCCCCGUGGUGGUAGCAAAGCGGCACCGUUCUUCUGUGGCAGCCUGCAACACUGCAAGUGUUCCCCCUGUGCCUCCUGCUGCUGAGGCUCCAGGCCCUGCUGGCAGCCUGCUGCCCACUGCUCUGGUGCCACAACGCCGCUCUCGCCAAGGACAUUGUGUCUUCAUACCCACAGAGGUGACCACAUUGUGUGACACUGGCAAGGAUCUGAAAUGCCAUGCCCUGGGGCAGGAGACCAACACCGAGGGUGGCUCUGUGGGGCAGCCAGCAGCAGCCUCCUUCCCCUCUCCUCCACAGGCGCUCCCUCCAUGCCAGCACCACUUCACCUCCAAAACGGUGAUCCGCCCUGAGCCCUGUGGUGUCUGUGGCUCCCGCAUCCGCUUCGGGAGGGUUGCCAUCAAGUGCCGCCAGUGUCAGCUGCUGCUGCACCUCAAGUGUCGGGAGCGGUGCCCCAGCCUCUGCGCGCCCCAGGCUCGCCACCGUGCCUGGCCCCACGCGGGUGUGCUGGCUGACUUCGCCCCCCAUACACCACCCCUGGUGCCUCUGCUGGUGGUGCAGUGUGUGACCGAGGUGGAGAAGCGAGGCUUGACUGAGACGGGGCUGUACCGUGUGCCAGGUGCGGAGCAGCAGGUGCAGGAGUGGAAGCAGAGGCUACUGCAGGCUGGGGGUGUGCUCCCUGCCCUUAGCAGCAUUACCGACAUCCAUGUGGUGUGUGGGGUGCUCAAGGACUUUCUACGGGGGCUCAAGGAGCCAUUGGUCACCUUCAGUCUCCACCCUGCCUUCCUGCAGGCUGCAGACAUCCCAGAUGAUGCUGCCUGCAGCACAGCCCUGUGCCAGCUUGUGAGCAAGCUGCCCCCAGCCAACAGGGACACUUUGGCCUUCCUGAUGCUACACCUGCUCAGAGUGUCCAACAGCCUUGACUGCAAGAUGGAUGUCCUCAACCUGUCCCGUGUGUUUGGUCCCACACUGGUGGGACACAGCUCAGCCAACCCCACACCACUUGUCAUCAUGGAGGACACACCACGGCAGUGCAAGGUGGUGGCUCGGCUCCUCUCCUUGCCGCCCGACUUCUGGAGAGGCUUCGUGGGGGUGAAACAGGAGAACCUGGUGCCAGUAGCAGCUGCUCUGGAGGGUGAAAAUGAGCUGUUCUUCCACCCUGUCGCCUCCCCAGAGCCCAAACCAGGCCACUUGAGCUCAGCUGGCAUCUGCUGUCUCCCCAGCACCCUGCAGAGCUACGUGGACAGGCCCCCCCGUCCCCGGCAGGGGCCAGCUCUGAAGAAAGUGGGCCAGUUCUUUCCUUCUCUGGUGUAGCCUGCAGCAGCGGCUCCCAGAGGGCACCGGAGAAUCAAAGCCUGCUAGUGGUGCUGAGCUCCAAGCCCUGCUUCACUUCCCUGGAGAUGGGAAAGCAGGGCUGGCUCAGGCCAGCCAUAGUGACUGGGACAGUGCCCCAGAGUGGUACUGGGGGCCUGGUUUGUAUUAAAUGUUUGCAGCAAAACAA